ACACUGAGGCACUUACCCCUAGGGCUAUCAGUCCCUUAGGGACGCUCUCCUGGAUAGCUGCACUAGCCUCUUCUGGGAUUUUUCACGCUGCCCUCCAGCCUCCCUUUCCUGGUUCUCCCCCCCUUCCCAUCCCCCCCCACCCACCUUUGUCCUGAACUUCCUCCCUCCAGAGACAGACUUUGCCGCCUCGCCUCCUCUCAACAGGGUUGCAGAAAGAAGUUGGGAGCUCCUCAGAGAAGCUGAGCGGUACUUGUGCCAGCAUCGACUCCCCCAGUUGCAGGUUCGGUGUAGGGGCGCUCUGAACCUGGACAGCUCACCUGCCACCAAAGGAAGGAGGAGCGAAAUAACUCAGGGGGAAGUGAGAGACUGGCACUGCACUCUGUGCCCCACGAUGUUUGCACCUCGCCAUGGUCAUGGUGCCCUGACUGUCUUGGCUUCCCACUUCCUGAUCACCCUGCUCGGGACUUCAGGUCUUGCCAAUAAAGAGAUCAUGAUGAAACCAGAGAUGAGUAUUCUUGGAGACCAAGUGGUAAUCCAGGCUGGUGGAACAUUUGACAUAACCUGCAGGGGAUUGGCUGCCCUUACCUGGACCUGGGGCAUGGGGUCUGCAGGGAGUCGAGCCCGCAUCUUGGAACACCCCUGCUCUGAUAACCCCCUUGUUACUUGCAACCAGCUCACCAUCUUCCACACAGAAGCUGGUGACACUGGAUACUUCACAUGUAGCUACAAGGAUGUUGCUGACAUCAAGGAUCCUAAUGGCAAGACCAGCGUGUAUGUUUACGUCAAAGAUGACAACCAGGUCUUUGUGCAGACCUACUCUUCUGCGCCACUGGUGAUCACCGUGUUUCCUGGAACCCAAGAGGUGGUUGUGCCAUGCCGAGUUACUUCUCCUGAUGUCAAUGUCAAGCUUCAGUUGUUACACUCUGCCACAUUUUCCUAUGGAAGCCAAAACUGGAAUCCCAGGAAAGGCUUCAUUGUGACCCGACCCUCUUACCACUUCUACAGCACCAUGCUCCAGUGUAUUGCCGAAGUUAAUGGGAAGACACACAAGUCAUUCUAUCUCCCACAGCGUCUGGAAACCAAGAGAGAAAAUAUCUCCAUCAGAUACAACCACCAGAAACUUCUCAUAGGAGAUACCCUUUUCCUGCAAUGUGUUGCAGAGACCACAUUCAAUGGACGAAUCAAACUGAACUGGGUAUUCAAUCGGCAAGAUUCCAAGACAACACCCAGGUGUUGUGAAAUUAAAAGAAAAUUGUACCAAGGAUCCCCUGUGUACAAGAGUUAUAGUAACUUGACCAUUUGGAAUGUAACUAUGGAAGACAAUGGUUUGUACAUUUGCAGGGAAGAAAACAAUACUGCCCUGCAAGCCAACAUCACCAUCAUAGUGUACAAAAAACCAUUCCUCAAUGUGAGCUACAAGAGAAGCCGCAUUUAUGAGGUGACAGCUGGACAAAGUAUGCUCAAAAUGGGAGUAAGAGUGGAUGCUUUCCCUCACCCCAAUGUAACCUGGUUCAAGGAUGGAAAACCACUCCUAGUAAACCAUACCAUUCAAAUUGACCCUGUUAAGUACAAACUCACAAUCCUGGAAGUGAAUGUAAAGCAUGCGGGGAACUACACUUUUGCUCUGAGCAACAGCAAGCAUGGACUCUACAAAAACCUCACCAUACAACUGAUUGUCAAUGAAAAACCCAAGAUCUACGAGAAGGAUACAGAUUUGAAGAACAUUCAGCCAAUACUCCUAGGCAGUGAGAACAUCCUUCGCUGUACAGCAAGUGGCCUGCCUGUGCCCUCCUUUAUGUGGGCUUGGGAGCCUUGCAGCCAGAAAGAUGAUCUGUGUAUGGAACGAGGCAAGCGGAUCCAGCUUUCUGAUGAGACUCUGAAAAAUUAUCUCCCUAUAGGCAACAGGAUCCUGUCCAUUGAAGAUAUGGUAGUGACAAAUGGAGAAAAAACAAAGACUCUGAGCACCCUGAAGAUAUUGACAAGCAACAUUUCUGGUAUAUACUACUGCAUAGCUAUGAACAAGGUUGGCAUUGAUGAGAGAAGCAUUCAUUUCUAUGUCUCAGAUGUGACUGGCUUCAUGGAGGCAGAACCCCUGGUCUCAACAAUUGAGGGCUAUGACGCUCGGCUCAAAUGCAAGGCAGCUAAAUAUAUCUACACUCAGCUCGCUUGGUUCAACCCCUUUGGAGAGAAGAUUCCUGUUAUAUACACAGAAAGCUUAAAAAAUAACUACUCCAUCUCUUUGACACUGGUGAUUAAGAAUGUGACCCAGAAGGAUAAAGGGCAGUAUAAGUGCAAGGCUUGGACUCAGAGGAACAUCACCAAGAUAAUGCAACAUAAUACUCAGCUCUUAAUUAAAGAAAAAGUUGCUCCAUUCGUUAUUGAGAAUCUUACCAAUAUUGAGGUUAACAGCAGUGGAAAGAUUUUGCUGGAUUGCAAAGUGAGUGGAACACCACAGCCUAACAUCCACUGGUUGAAAAAUGGGGUUCCUAUUAUUCCUGCUUCAGGGAUCUUCUUUAAGAACAACAGCCUUAUUAUUGAGCGAGCCAAAAAAGAAGAUGAGGGCUUCUAUCUGUGCAAAGCAACCAAUGAGUUGGGGGAAGUCAGCACAGCAGCUCUUAUCACUGUGGAAGGCUCUGAAGACAAAUCCAAUAUUGAAGUCAUUAUUCUUGUUUGUACUGGCCUUGCAGCUACUCUUUUCUGGCUUCUUCUCACCCUGGUCAUUCGAAAACUCCGAAAGCCUAGUGUGUCAGAAAUAAAAACUGGUUACCUUUCCAUCAUCAUGGAUCCUGAAGAGAUGCCCCUUGACCAACAGUGUGACAGGCUUCCUUAUGAUGACACUAAAUGGGAAUUCCCUAGGGACCGGUUACAAUUAGGCAAAAUUCUUGGUCAUGGUGCCUAUGGUAAAGUGGUAGAGGCUUGUGCGUUUGGCAUUGACAGAGCUUCAACUUGCAAAACAGUGGCAGUGAAAAUGCUGAAAGAUUGUGCAACUUCCAGUGAGUUUAAGGCUUUGAUGUCAGAAUUGAAGAUCCUCAUUCACAUUGGUCACCACCUCAAUGUGGUUAACUUGCUGGGUGCCUGCACCAAACCUGGAGGUCCUUUGAUGGUCAUUGUAGAAUUCUGCAAAUAUGGAAAUCUGGCCAACUUUCUGAGAGGGAAGAGAGGAGAUUUUAUUGCUUCCAAGGUUCUUCUCAAUCUGGAUAAAAAGGGGAAGACUUCUCAUGAUUCUGACUGCAAGCCCACCCAGCUGAUUAACCACCGUCUGGAGAGUGUGACUAGCACAGGAAGUUCCACCAGCUCUGGUUUCAUUGAGGACAAGAGCUAUAGUGAAUCUGACGAGGAGGAAGAAAGUAGCCGCCACCUUCUGGGGGCCACAAUAACCCACCGAAUAGAUUCAAAUAAUCUCUACAAGCACCCCCUCACCUUGGAGGACCUGAUCUGCUAUAGCUUCCAAGUGGCCAAGGGCAUGGAGUUCCUUGCUUCCAGAAAAUGCAUUCAUCGGGACUUGGCCGCUCGGAACAUCCUUUUAGCUGAUAAUAACAUUGUGAAGAUCUGUGACUUUGGUUUGGCCAGAGACAUCUACAAAGACCCUGACUAUGUCUGGAAAGGAGAUGCAAGACUCCCCCUUAAGUGGAUGGCACCUGAAGCCAUUUUUGACAAGGUUUAUACUACUCAGAGUGAUGUGUGGUCAUUUGGUGUCUUGCUGUGGGAAAUAUUCUCUCUGGGUGCCUCACCAUACCCAGGAGUGCAAAUAGAUGAAGAAUUCUGUCGUCAGCUUAAAGAGGGGACACGAAUGAAAUCUCCUGAAUAUUCCACUCCUGAAAUCUACCAGACUAUGCUUGACUGCUGGCAUAGUGUGUGCACCCUGAGACCCAACUUCUCUGACCUGGUCGGGCGUCUUGGAGAUCUCCUUCAGGCCAGUGUUCAACAGGAUGGCAAAGACUACAUACCCCUCAAUGGCACUGGUGGAGCACCCACAUUCAUGGCCCUGGAUCCUGUACAAGAGACCAUAAGUAAUAAUAUCAUAAUGGAAUCCAGCAUUGAAUCCCAGAAGGACCCACUGAUUGGAUCAUUUGAUGAGAUAAGGGUGGCCAAGAAAAAUGAGGAAGCUGUAUUUAAGGACUUUGAAGGAGAUUAUGCAACUGUGCUGAAUUGGGAUGAGAUCAAGACCCAGAAGCACCUGGAAAAUCACUUCUGGCCACAUGGGAUGAUGACCUUAGACCUGAAUACUGUCAUCAAGAACCAGGAGUCCCUUCAGAGUGAGACUGAGAUGGAGCUUAUGGAAUACCAUUCAGGCUUUGAGCUUGAAGAGGAAGACCAGAUUAAAGAGACUUCCCUUCUGCCACUGGAUUCUACCCUCGAAUGCCACAGUCCACCACCCGACUAUAACUCCGUGGUCCACUACAGCACUGUACCCAUUUAACCUACUACCAGUGCCCUUUGCCACCCCUUUCAAACUACUCCUUUUUUGCCUCAGAAAUCACUAAUUCUUUUCACUUUAUAUCAUGGUAACAGAAUUACUAACUUGGGACUGGAGAAUGAAAAAAGAGCACCUUGGCAGAUAAUCUUGAUUCUUCACAAUUUUGGGGGGCACAGCUGGCCAAAGCAAGGCCCCCAAGCCUGAUAGAGAGACAACAUGAUGUUCAGUGCCAUUUAUCUUCCUAUUAAACACCAAUGACUCUACUUGGGUGUGUAAAGCCCUACAAUAGCACCUUCAGUAGUUCCAUAUGCACGCCCCCUUCAACUUAGCCCAUUAUACUUUCAUGAGGGCCACUAGUCCAGUGAUGGCGAACCUAUGACACGCGUGUCAGAGGUGACACACAAACUCAUUUUUUUGGUUGAUUUUUCUUUGGUAAAUAGCAUUUAAAUAUAUAAAAUAAAUAUCAAAAAUAUAAAUCUUUGUUUUACUAUGGUUUCAAAUAUCAAAAUAUUUCUAUAAGUGACAUGGCACCAGAGUUAAGUUAGGGUUUUUCAAAAUGCUGACACACCGAGCUCAAAAGGUUCGCCAUCACUGCACUAGACAGAACAAUCAGAGCAAUCUCUGUUGAAUCCUCAAAGACCUCCAGUGCCUCCAAUCAGUAACUGUGGUCCCAUUAUAUUCAUAUCUUGGCAAUAAGUUUUCAAACAGAACUUGGUGGACUUUUACCUGGAUGUCUUUAAAACUCUAAAGCAGUCAAAUUUACUAGGGUUUGCCAAUAGAAGGGAGUUGGCAGCAAUUUACAUGCAAUGCCACCCAGAAGAAUCCUUUGGUUUCAAGCAAUUUGUAGAAGUUUCCAUGGGAGUUGGUCAUGCCCACUAUAUUUAGGAUACUCUCCCUAUGAACUACCAGUUUUAUCACCUUUGUGUUGUCCCCAUGCCAGAAACAUCCAAUCACACUCAUGUGAAUUUCAAGAGUACCAUGACUUUGAUAGAUAAGCUCCAAGAUCCACCCAAGGUGUGUCUGCAUGGACUCAGACAGAAUCAAUGAAGGAAGGGUUUGUGCAUGCUGCCCUUCCAGAUUGGCCUAUAUUUCUCUGCUUCUCGAAAGUCCAUGUCUCUACCUCUCUUUCAAAGGAAGGAAGUGUAAUCCCCUUCCUGAGGGUCAGGGGUAACUAUGAUAAAUACUGGCCCUGUCUUUAAUAUUCUCUUUCUAAAGCAACUAUUCAGUUGAAUCACAUCUGAUGAAGCAGUGUGUCCCACCUCUACCUAAGCAUGGGAUCAUGAAGCCACACCAGGCUAACAAUGUGCUCAUCCCUGUGUUAUAUAGUGAGACUAUCUAUUGACUUUAGAGAUAGUGAGUUUCUUCUGAUUCAUAAUGAGUUUCUUCUGAUUCAUUCUCAGAGCACAGAGAAAAAUGGGAGUAAUCAGCAUUCUACAAAAAUGAGGACCUAAAAAAUACUCUGGUUCCUUCCUACUCUCCAUUUUGUGUAUGAAAAAAUUAAGAACCAACCACUAAGGGGCUUGAAUGCAUGUCUUCUGACUACUAACCCAAUCCUUUUCCCACUAUUUAGACCAUGUAGCCACAUGUGUACAAACACAUAAACGUUUGCUAAUGUAAAUGAUGAUACCACUGAAAGAGAUCUCAAGAGUAGUUUUUUUCUUUGCUUUCCUUUUUGGCUAGCAUGUACACAGAAAAGACACCUUCCUCAUGGGAUCAUUGGCCUGGGUUUCUGCUCCAACUGCUCCCAUAUCUUCUACAGUGGCCCAAAGUAUCCCAGAACUGCACAAACCUAAAUUUCACUUGUUUCUCAAGAGCAUUAGUGACAUAAAAGGCAGCAAGAGUCAAGCUGCUCCAUGUACUAUCCAUUUAAGAAGUUUGUAGUCCUGGCUAGUUAGCUCAGUUGGUUAGAGCAUUGUCCCGAUAUGCCAAGAUUGUGGGUUCAUACAAGAAUCAAGCAAUGAAUGCAUAAAUAGGUGGAACAACAAAUCUCUCUCUCUCUCUCUCUCUCUCUCUCUCUCUCUCUCUCUCUCAUCAAGCAAUCAAUAUAUUUAAGUUUGUAAAGAGUCCCAGACACACAAGGCCUUUAGCCCUAGAAAAAAGUCCAAUUUGGUGAUAUUCAAAACAAAGAGGUAAAUGCAAACCCUUUUACCUCCCCCAUGCCUUGGCCUAAUGACAAUACUAGAAACAUUUUCUGCUUGGAAAAAGUUGUGCCACAUGUGUGAUGGAAGACAGGAUAGGGGGAUUACCACUAGCCUCCAACUACUACUAGGGUGGUUCUCUUCCUCCAGCUUUUAUCCAGGAAGUGCUUGUUUUCAGCUGUGCUCCUAGGGAAUGGUCUGAAUCAGUUUUGCUACUGGCCUAGGCAGGCAGACCCUAUGAGUUGAAUAAAGUACCACUGGAAGGUUAUGGUGAAAUGGCCAAGCCCAGUUCCUCCCUCUUUCCUAUCUCUGCUGAGAAAUGAUGGCUGUAGAGAUAGCAAGAAAUUGAUCAUCAUUUAGCCACCUACCCAAUGGGAAUUACCAGUUGUUCCUAAUGGUCAACAGCUUUGGUUAAUACAAACUUUAUGUAGUGGGAUCGACAGGGACAAAGUCAAUGAUGCUCUUAUCAUAUUUUUCUGAUUUAGCUUAACUAGGGAAAAGAGCCUCUCAAGUGUUCAAAAACAAAACAAAACACAAACCUCUUCAGUAAUGCACAUGGCUCUGCUACCCAGUGUUUUAGUGAAGAGAAGUUCAUUCCAUAAUUUAUUCAGCAAGAGGAUUCAGCUUUGGCAGGACAUGCUUAUACCAUUUCUACUUUAUAAAAAGCUUUUUCUCAAAGCAGACACUGACCAGAAUUUUUAAGAGGACUUCAUGUAGCUACAAAGACAAUAUAAACAUCUUUAGACAGUUCUAAGGACCCCUCAGAAGAGGUCUUUUAUUUUGUUUGUUUAAUCAAAUUCCAGAAUAGGUGUCCUUAAGUCAAAAGCCUUGGCCAAAUUACUUAACACAAUGGCUUCCACUCCUUUACUACUGCUCUCAGUUGCUGAAGACCUCUUGUUUUUGUUCCCAUUCUCCAUUUGGACCUCAUAUUGGUUCAUAGCCAGGAAAGAUAAGCAAUAAGGGAGGCUCCUCACCUCUUUUUACCUCUUGAAUGGGGAAAACCCUCCAUCAAGAAUGUCACUUCUCGGCCUUGGCCAAGUGGAUCAGUUGGUUACAGCAUCAUCCUGAUAUACCAAGGUUGUGGGAUCUAUACCUGGUCAGGGCACAUAUAAUAAUUAACCAAUGAAUACAUAAAUAAGUGAAACAACAAAUCAAUGUUUCUUUCUCUUUUUCUCCCUCCUCUAAAUCCAAUAAAUAAAUAGGAAAAAUAUUUUUUCAAGUUUUAUGUUUUCUUAAAUUUAUCAGGAUGACAUUGGUUAAUAGGAUCAUACAUGUUUUAAGUUCAUUUUUCUGUGAUACAAGAUCUGUAUAUUGCACUUUAUGCCCACCAUGAAAGUCAAACCAUCUUUUGUCAUGUCACGUCUCACCUGAAGCGUGGGCAGAUAUCCCAGCCCUCACCCAACCAUGGUAAACAGGUACAGUGAGCAUUCCAUUAUCUUAUUGAAAGAUUCUUGGCCACAGCCCACAAUGGAUACAUUACCCAAAUUUUAUUUUGGUUGGUAAUUUACUAAUCUAUUGUUUUAAACUUAACUACUACUUCUUCCUUUUAUUGGAGUAUAUAUUUAUGUAGCCAUAUACACAUAUAUACAGAAAUAACAUUUCUAACUUGUUAUCCGAUACCAAAAGGUGCAUGUUAUAAUGGGCCCUUUCUGCAGAGUGGACUGUCUCAUACAGAAUAAAAAAUGUUAUCCAACAAUA